UGUAGGACAGCUGAUGCCCUGGUUGCUUGUUUAGCUCAUGAUGAAGGAACUAAAGACUUUACGCUUUUGGAGGGCUGUCUUUGCUGAGCUAAUAGGCACAAUCAUGUUUGUCUUUUAUGGUGUUUGUGCAAUAAUUGGGAAUGGGAACAGCAGCUACCCAGACCAUGAAGUCAAGGUAGCACUAGCAUUUGGGUUAGCUAUUGCUAUCUUGUCUCAGAGUUUGAGCCAUGUAAGUGGAGCCCAUUUGAAUCCAGCAGUCACGCUGGCAAUGCUGGUUAGCUGCCAGGUUAGCUUGUGCAGGGCACUGUGGUACAUUGUGGCUCAGGUGACUGGGGCUGUGAUUGCUAGCAGCAUUGUUCUGGGAGUGAGGCCAUUGGUGGUGGAGUCACUUGGGCUGAACAAGCUGAAUGGUGUCAGCCCAGGACAAGGCUUUGGAAUUGAGUUUCUCCUCACACUCCAGUUGGUGCUGUGCAUCCUAGCAACCAUGGACAAAAGACAGAAUAUCGCUGGUGCAGCUCCAUUUGCAAUUGGGCUCUCCGUGGCUUUGGGUCACCUUGCUGGAUUGAGUUAUACUGGAUGUGGUAUCAACCCUGCUCGAUCUUUUGGUCCAGCUCUGGUGUCCAUGGACUUUGAAAACCACUGGGUGUACUGGGCGGGGCCACUGUGCGGCAGUGUAGUAGCUGCCCUCCUCUAUGACUUUGUCUUGUUCCCUAGAGGCUCAGACUUCUUUGGUCGGCUCAAGGUUUUAUGCCAUGGUGCUGAGGCUUCAGAUGCAGAGACUGAACCCUUGCUUGAAGGUGGUGCUUCUGAUGUUCAGUGGGAGAAAGCAUAAAUGUGAACUGUUUCAAAAGUUUGUUUUGGCAUGCUGAUUGGAAAAUAAACCUGUAAUUUUUUUUUGA